AAAUGUUUCUCCAGUUUUGUUUUAUAUCUUUAGUGGGUGGGUGUAGUUGUACCAGUUUUAUGGAUUACCAAUAAUUUUUUUAAAGUUUUUUACAGAACCAUAAUCAACAUUGACAACCUCAAUAGAUAAAAAAAUGGUGUGAUAAUACAAGAGACGAUUUUUUUCGAAAGUAUUGUAAGUUGUAGUGAAAAGAGGGGCCGCUCUCCAUUUCGGAGGGCAUGGGCAUGCAAUCGACCGAAGACUCGUACCGCUAUCCCGAGAUAGCACGCUAUUUACACGCUUUGCCCCACGUUAACGUCAGUUUUCAAUAUGUCAAUAGCUCGUUCGAGCCUAACAAUCCCGUUUAUCUUGAGAGUUUGGGCAUUCUCGGUUCGAUUCCGGCUAUAUGGCUGAUACUAACGUUAUUUGUUUUGCUCAUUUACUUGUUGACGAGAUGUUGUGAUCGAAAACCGAGAGCUUCGAAGUCGAUAGCUGCGCUCAAAAUCACUUUAGCCGUCGUAUCGGUACUUUGUUGUGCCGGUAUUGGUAUAGGACUUUAUGGUAAUGACGAUUUGCACAAUGGGGUAGUUCAAACUCUCAAUGAAGGAAAACAAGUGGAUAUUUUAAUAUCUACUAUACGUAAUCAGACUGAGGUUAUUGAAAGUCUGUUGAGGAUACAAGCCGAUAGACAAAUAAAAGAAAUAUCGAAUGUAUACCAAGGGCAUCACAAGGAUAAAAAUUUGUUCGACGAAGUCGACGGUUAUUUCAAGAAAGUCAUUAGUAAUCGUAAUGCAACAGCUAAUGCAGCAAGAGAUAUCCGUUCUCCUUUAGUGGGAGUAAACCUAUCGUCGACGAUAUCGAUUGGAGAAAAAUCAGAAUCGAUCCGAUGGUUGUUGACAAUGGGAAUAUUGAGCGUUUUGCUCAUUCUGUGCGUGAUUCUCCUAGUUGGUGUGGCCAGACAUAACCGUUGUGCUCUUAUAGCUUUUUCGGUGUGUGGUCUACUAGCAGUAAUCGCUUCCUACAUAAUGGCCAGCGUUUAUUUAGCUUCCAGUGUGGCGUUAAGUGAUCUUUGCAUGGCUCCGGAUAAGUUUAUCGAGGAUCAAGCCAGUACGGAACUAUCUAAAGAGAUUCUCCGUCAUUACACUAACUGCGAAAGAGCUAGAGCGAAUCCUUUCACCCAAAGAUUACGUGAAGCAAAAACGACCGUUGAAAAUAUGCGUUCGAAUCUUACGGCGAUGAUAAAACCCGCAGAAAAAUUGUUUCCGGAUAAAAAGUUGGAUAUAAAAUUCAGUGCUCUAAGGAACGAUAUUAAUUCGGUGGAUAAUAACAUACAUUCUUUGACAGCUUUGGUGGACUGUAGCACUUUGUAUUUGCACUAUUUGGGAGGAGUGAGGGCUCUUUGUUAUGUUGGACUGCUCGGUUUGACUUUGAUGCUGAUAUCUUCAGCUGUAGCCGGUUUUCUUUUGACUGUAUUGGUUUGGGUCGAUUCUCAUACGUGGAUCUAUAUAAGAAAGAAGAAAGACUACCAACAAGUGACAGAACACGAUUCUUACCUUCCGCCACCUCAGGCCAGUCAAGCGAUAGCGGCACGCACAUUACAACGCAGCCAAGGGUCGUCAUAUCCACCUGAUACUCCUCCACCUAGUUAUACAUCCGCUUUGCUGCUGCAUAACAGAUCAUUGCAUGUGAAUGCAACAGCACCCCCGCAAGAGCAUGAAGCCGAUUUUCUAUUAGAUGGAUGCGAUAUGCGUCCCUCGGAACACCACAGGAACAGUGCCCAUAUGUCUCACCUUCGGGGACACACAUUGGGUAGAUUACCCUCCCACCAUCACGAACCAGUACUCCCUGGACCAAACAACGGAAAGUACGCGACUUUAAGCAAACAGUGCAAGACGUUAGAAAGUUCAGAUUUCUACUGAGACAGGUCUGCCUGCAAGGACUUCCCAAGCUUCAAAGGUUUUAAGUUAUCGAAUCAGCAACAACAGAACGUUCCCCAACAUCCCGACAACCAGCGAACGGCCAAUAUACAAAAAUACAGUUCGCUAGGUCGUCGACCUCUACCACAAACACCGGACGAGAAGGCCAGGAAACAACCGCCAGUACCGAGGGUACCACCCACGAUCUCCCAAAGCGUAGAAACACCCCUGAAUCCGGCGAACUUUAGGUCUCUACAGAGAGGCGCGUGGCAGGACGCCCCCAGUUCCUUCCAGCCCAACGUGCAAUUUAGAUCGUUGCAAAGGACAACAGGCGCCCAAUUUAGACCGGCCAAAGUUCAGGAUCAAACACAGGGCGAGGUGUUGUACGCCAAUAGCGAAAGUGAACGUCAAUUGUAUGCUGUUACCGAAUUGUAAGUUUUUCGUUUCUUCUUGGGAAAUGCAGGCAGAGUGACAAUAGUUGUUUUUUUAUUAUUAUUUCGAGAUUUGUUAUUUUUUUCGCUUCAUUCAUCGUCGUAUAUAUUUCGAAACAUUCAUUUCAUAUUUUGGGGUUAUUAUAAAUGGAAUUUCAUUUAUAAUUUUGAUUUCUUCCUGUAUAGUGAGCAGUUUGAUAAAAUAAUAUUUUUUGUUCUGCUCGAUUUCUAUCGACUAAACAAAAUUAAAAAUAAAUCAAUUUAUUAGUUACAUCUUGUUAAUUAGACAAUAAUUUUUGUUACUUUUUGAUAGUAGAAAGAAUUAUUUCAAUGUUUUUUUUUUAUUCUAUACUCAUAGUUAAACCGAUAAAUUUUAACAUACGAUGUAUUUUCUUGCCACUUACAACUUCACUAAACACUAAUUUAUAUUUUAAAUGCACUAUUCACUAUCCAAUUCUCUGUUCGUUAUUCAAGUUGUCUUAAUAACUACUGGGAGUUCUAGGGAGAGAAAAAGAAGCUCUCUGGGAUAAUUUUAUUCGAUUGGGACAUUUUUAUGUGGGAUAUAUAUGAUUCUAAAAAGGAAAAUUUUUCUUUUGAUGAACUGGGUUAUCUUAUGAUAGUAGAAAAAAUUAUUUAAAUGCAUUUUUAUUCUACACUCUUGGUCAAACCGAUAAAUUUGAACAUACGGUGUAUUUUCUUGCCACUCACAACUUCACUAAACACUAAUUUAUAUUUUAAAUGCACUAGUCACUAUACAAUUCACUGUUAGCGAUUCGAGUUAUCCUAGUAACUACUGGGAACUCUUGGGGAGAGAAAAAGUUCGUUGCGGUGAUUUUGUUAAGGGAGAUUGGGAUAUUUUUAUACAGGGUGAUUUUUUAUAUUGGAAUGGUUUCAUUUAGUGCAUUGCUGUACAAACUGUCUAGUCGUCGAGUAUUUAUAUGAUUAAGUUUUUUGAUUCAUGUAAAAAACGUUUUAUGAUAUUCUAUUAGACAGGGGCGGAUUUCAAGUACGUUGUUUUAUAAAUAUAUGAAGGUAAUUUAUAUAUAGCGAAUUUAUUUAAAACAAUUAUGAAAAUUUUCAAAAAAAAUAACUUAUUUUUUUAUUUGUAGGACAAAUUUCAUUUUUUGACAUUAAUUAUUAAAAUAGGAUUAUUUACAUAAAUGGAAUUUUAUUUAUUAUGCCCUGCAGAGAAAUUGAAAUGAAUGUUUUAUAUUUAAGACAAUUAUUUUUGAGAUAAAAUAGUAAUAAAAGUGUAUGAUAGAUUUUUAUUUGGAAAUAUGGUUCAAUAAAAUGAAAAUUCAAAUUAAAAUUCUAAAUACGAACCUGUAUUUUAAAUUUGGAGGAUUUAUAGGUGAAAAUGUUGAAUUUCCUUUAGAUAGAAAAUUAUUUCUUUUUGAAAAUUUAUAAAUUGUUGAAACAUUUCCUGAAAUUAAUUAGAAUAUUCAUUUUAAUGGACUAAUUAUGUAUGAUAACUUUUUCUUAUACAGUGUGUUUGAUGGACUUAUGCAAACCUUUUAGAAAUUUAUAAAUGAUAUGAUUUUGACUCUAUGCGUAUAAAGUAUCAUAUUUUGUCAUUUUUUCCAAAACAUCUGCUUCAAUAUACUUUUCGUUCAACUAUGGCCUACGAAAGGUAAUUAUAACAACAAUACAUUCUCCUUGGUGGAUCUAUUUCUAAUCCCACUCUUUUCAUAUGGAUAAACGAAAAUCUCAGGCCUAAUUAAUGUUAUCUUCUUCUUUAACCAACCUUAUGGUCCUUUUGGAAUCAGGGCCUUCUUAACAAUCAUACAGAACACACUGUUUAUGCUGCUACUACACCGACACUCACAAUUACACUGUCUGACUGUUUCGGCAACCAAAUCAUCUUCAGAGAUUACCUUAUAUUUUAUUACUAUUUGUAUGUUGAAUUAUGAAGUUUGAGAAGCCCGUUGAACAAAAAUGACACAAUAUUUAAAAGAAAACUUAUAAUUAAGAAUAUUUCCUAUAAAUAGAUUCAAAUUUAUAUUUUUUAUCAGUUCCGGAAAGGUUUGCAUCGACCCAUCAAACCAACCGUUCGAAAAAGAUCAUUUUUUGUACAGAACCAGUGUAUAUUGCAAAAUAUUUUAAAUCUAUAGACUAAAUGUUAAAACUUUAUACGCUGAUUGUAGAAAUUAGUCAUUGUAACUCGAUGUAAUCUCAUUAAAAGGUAAAUAGAGCGAUCUAAAUCUAGUUAUUAAAAAAAAUAAUCCAAAAUAAUUGUGUAAUUGAACUAAGUUCAUUUUUUCCAAAAAAAAAAAUAGGUACUAUCCUCAUCUCCCUGUAUAAAUCAAAACUUUUGCAUCUUGAUCGCUCUAAAAUAAUUUAAGUACAACACAAAAAGCAAAAUAAUUUCAAUAAUUAAGAAAUGUUAAGACUUAAUUUUUUAAGGUGCCUAGGCCUGUUUAUAAUUAUGACGUAUAAGUAGAAUUUAAAAAAAAUCUCGAUUUUGAAAAAAAAAACUAAGAUAAGGACAGAUACAAAUUUUAUUCUAUUAAUUUCGUUUCAAAUAAUUUUUUUUCGCUGCGUAUAUUCAAUGCUCAAUAAUAAUUUUAAUUAUUUCCAUAUACAGGAUGUUUUUUUAUAUAAUACUAUUGAUAUGGAAUAAAGGCCUCAAUUAUGUAUUAACACGUAAUUAUUAGUAUUAUUAUGUUUCAGUCUCGGACCACCCUUGAACCAAUUUAGUUCCCAUCCUAAAAAUCAAUUUCGUUCGUAUACAAAACUAUUUCAGCACAAUUUGAUUGAUACAUAUUAAUACUUUAUGAAUAUCCUGUAUAUUUAUUUGGAAAUUAUAAAAAAAUCGUAACGUUACCAACUCAAAAGCAUUCCAUAUAAAAAUUAUAGACUGGUUCCUAUUUCGAAUAAGUUUAUUUACCGGUUUCAAAUGGAACAUAUACCUGAACAUAUACCGGUCGAGCAAUUUCUAUUAUUACCAAAAAUUACCACUUUUUAUAAAUAUACAUUUUAUACACUUUUUCUAAUUGUGAUUUUUUAUUAUCUUAGUUUUAAAAAAUUGUAAUUAACACUCUCUAAUUGACAAAUGAGAUUAACUGACAUUAGAUUUGAUGAAUACCCAUAUAAUCAUUGUAAUUGUCACUGUUUAUUGUUCAGAAUACGAAUAAUAUACUAUACAUUAGUCUUUGAUUGAAUUUUUGAAUUGCUCUGUAUAUUUUUAUGCCGAAUUUAUAUCAAGUUUCAGCUAUCAAGUUCACUAACAUCGAUUUCGAUGAGUAUUGGUUCAUCCCGUAUAUUUUAAUAGGCCCUUAUAAUGAAUUAAAGCUGCUAUAUCAUGAAUGUCAGUGUAGGAACGUUUCAAAACAAAAUUUCGAAGAAAUCAAAUGAAAAAUGAUUAAUUUGUGAGUAUACUGAAAUUUUGGGUUACUUUGUAUGUUUUUAUUCUAAAUUUUUCUGAAUUUAUAUGAAGUUUUGGUUAUCAAGUUCACUAACAUCUCUUUUGAUGAGUUCGUCCUGUAUAUUUUAACAGGCCCUUAUAAUGAAUUAAAGCUGCUAUAUCAUGAAUGUCAGUGUAGGGAAAGUCUCACAACAGAAUUUCAAAGAAAUCUAAUGAAAAAUGAUUAAUUUGUGAAUAUACUAAAAUUUUGGGUUACUCUGUAUGUUUUUAGUCAGAAAUUGCCUUUUCACAUAAAAUUCCAACUAUCAGUUUAACUAGUAUCGAUUUUCAUAUAUAUCCUGUAUAUUUCAACCAGUCCCUAUGAAGAUUUUUCUUUGACUUAUACAGGUUUUCUUAUACUUUCCAUUCAAUAUAGAUUUCGAUGAUUGUUUCCUCACCCUGUAAGCUUUAUUAACUUCUGCUGGAUUAACAUAAGCACUGGGUAUGUUUUAACUGUUUUAAAAUUUGAAAAAAAAAUCGUUUAUAUCCAAAACUUCGUCUUUCAACUGCCAUUUUGACUUCUUUUUUGAUAACUGUGGAGGUAGAAUAUAAACAGGAAACGUAUUCUAGACAUUUUUAUUUCUGGGUAAAAUACCAUACAUAAUUUCAUUGCCGUGUAACAAAAACAAAGUUUAUUGCGGAAAAUGUACGUAAAAAAGAUUUUUCACACAAAAAUUUCAAGGAAAUGAAAAAAGGAACAUGUGAGGCAAUGUAAGGAUUUAUUUGCGGUAAAAACAUGUAUUUUAACCACAUCUAUGUUUCUAAAGGAUUAAUUAGUUUUAAAUUCAAUGAACUAAUGGAAAAUAAUCAUAUUUAACUUACAUUUUUC